AUGGCUCUUCUGGAGCAUUUGAAGGUCGACCCCGGCAGUAUUCGCUUCCAGUUCGACGUGGGUCAGGAGCUUCGCAGUACCCUUCGCUUCACCAACUUCAGCGACCAAACGCUGGUCAUUAGGCUCACCCCGGGCACUGCACGCGCGUACACCAUCGUGGAUGGCGGCAUGCUGCUGCUGCCGCCCAACAGCCUGGAAGAGAAGUCAGUGCUGUGUGCAGCGUUUGACAAGAAGCCGUUCUGGUUCCCUGCAGACUUCUUCACUCUCGAAUGCUUCCUUGCUAACUCCAUUCAAGAGGUGGAGCUAGGUCGCGAUGUGGUGCCCAUAGGCCGUCGCCAGCUGCAAGUGGCCUUCAACGAACGGCCAGGAGGCAACUCCAUGCCCGCACUUUUCAGUAACUCGCAGUCGGGUCACAUGCGUGCCUUGGGUCUGCCUGGCGCCUUCUCUGCUGAUGAUCGCGCACAGGCGGAGGUGUACGAGGCGAUGAAGCAGACGCUGAAGGAGAGCCAGGAGAAGCUGAUGGAGCGCGACGACACGAUCCGCGCGCUCAGGGAGGUGCUGGCGGCGCUGGGUCCCAAGCUCAAAGCGCGGGAGGACGAGCUGGAGGAGUAUGAGGUGCACGUGUGCGAGCUCAAGCAGCGGCUGCUCAUGGCUGAGAAGAAGGUGAACGAGCUACAAACCGCUCUGGCUAUGACGCCCGAUAGAAUGAAGGCGGCACUGGAGGAGGCGGGGGAGAGGGAGGCGUCGUUGGAGGGCAAGUGCCGCAUGCUGGAGGGCGAGUGCGAGAGGAGCCGCGCUGCCAUCCUCGCUGCCCAGCAGCAGGCCGACUCCCUCACUCGCACCCUGAGAGUGAUGGAGAUUGAGAAGCUUAAGGCAGACAGGGAGCGCUCCCAACAGGUGCGCAGUGUGCGUGCGGAGAAGGUGGAGUUGGAGCACGAGAUAGCUCGUCUCAAGGACGCCCUCAAAGCAGCAGGCGGCCACCUCUCCUCCCCAGACAGGCCCGAACCCCCCCGCCGCCGCCUCUCCUCCCAGCUCUCCCCCCACGUCCCUAGCCGCCCCGGCUUUCCCUCAUCUGCGUCUCUCUCAUCAGCAGACACACCUGACAGGGAGGGUCGUAGGUCCUUCACACGCUCCUCUAGCCGCAGCAGCCAGGAUCUAGAGGGCCGGGAGGGGCUGGGGAGUGUGGACGAGUCGAGCCAAGGCGACCGGGAUGAGAUGUUUGAGACGCGAUCAGUGGAGAGUGUGGAGGAGGGGAGUGAGAGGGGAGGGGGGAGGAGAGGGGAGCGGGGACUGGAGGAGAUGGUGGGAGCGGACGGGGAGAUUGCGGAAGGCGGUGCAAGCAGCAAAGAGCUAUUGGCGCUGUUGGAGGGCGAGCGUGCGAGGGCAGCAGCAGGGGAGCGGCGGCUGAGGCAGUUGCAGGAGGAGAUGAGCCAGCUACAGACAGACCUGGUCCGAUGGCAGCAGGCGGCGAGGGAGGGCGAGGAGGGGCGGCAGCAGGCGGUGGCAUGGCAGCAGCGGUGCACAAUGGUGCAGGAGGAGCUGCAGCAGCGCCGCAGCGAGGCAGGUUUCCUCAGGGGCGAGGUCUCCCGCCUGCGCACGCUGCUGCAGGUGGGUGCUUCUACUAGUAGCAGCCAUGUCAUGGAAAGUGGGUUGGGGGAGGCGGGCGAGGGCGGUGGGGACAGGGGCGGAGACGGUGGCGAAUGGAGAGAGGGGGAUUUGGACAAAGGAGCAGGCGUAGGAGGGGGUGUAGGAGCAGGGGUAGGAGGUUCAGGGAGACGUGAGCAUGAAGGGGUGGGAGAGGCAGACAGGGAGCGAGGGGAGGGGGUUGGGAGGGAGGAUAGGGCAGUGUCUGGUGCAGGAAGCGUGGAGGGUGGGAGGGCAGAACGGGAUGGACAUGCUGGCGGUUUUAGGAAUGGAGGCGAGGCAACGGCAGCAGCAGCAGGAGGAGCAGUAGCAGCAGGAGGGGUGUGUGAGAGGUGUGGGAGGGGGAAUAACGUGGGGAUUGGACCGUCCAGGAGCCAUGAUGCAGAGGAGGCUGCUAUGCUGAGAUUCGAGGCGGCGCGGCUGAUGGAGUCGAUGGCAGCAAUGGAGGCGGAGAGGCAGCAGCUGCGCAUAGCGGUUCGCGACCGGGACGAGGUGGUCAGGCGCGUUGAGAGGGACGCGCAGGAGCUCCGAUACGCCAACGAGGAGGCGACCACACAGCUGGCAACGUAUCGCCAGCUCAUUGACAGCCUCUCCUCCUCCUCGCCGUCUCGCUCCCACCAGCACGUGGAUGUCGAGAGGGAGCGGGCGCAGCAGCGCAUUCUGCAGCAGCGGGUGGAGCAGCUAGCGCAGCAGGUGCAGGCAGGGAGGCAGGACAUGGAGGGGCUCAGGCAGGCGCUCAAGGCGGCCAGGGAGGAUGUGGCUGAGAAGGACGUGCGCAUCCGGGAGCUCGUGAAGCAGCUGCAGCACUGCGAGGCGCUCAAGGCGGCCAGGGAGGAUGUGGCUGAGAAGGACGUGCGCAUCCGGGAGCUUGUGAAGCAGCUGCAGCACUGCGAGGGCCAGAGGACACGACAAAGUAAGACAGCAGAGAAGCAAGCCCACCUCGUUCGUCUCACUCCCGAUGAGUGUGGCGUCUCACUCCCGAUGAGUGUGGCGUCUCAGCAGCAGACGCUACAGCAGGCUGAGAGGGUUGCGAGAGAGGAGGCGAUUCACGGAGGCGAGGAGCAGGGGCGGGCACAGCAGCAGCAGCAGCAGCAGCAGCAGCAGGCAGAGCAGGAGUGCCACUCAUUGCGGCAAGAGAACGAGGCCUUACGGAACGAGAUCGAGGGCCUCAGGCAGGAGAUUGGGCAGCUAAGGGAGGAGAUUGAGGGGUUGAAGGAGGAGGCACAGAGGGUUGGGCAGGAGGGGGAGGAGUUGAGGCAGGCGGUGCAGGGGGCGAGGGAGGAGGUGGGGGAGAAGGAGGAGCGGAUCCGUGCGCUGCAGGACAGACUGGAGCGGAUUGAGAUGCAGGAGGAGGAGUCGGGUCUACAGGACAUGCUGGCAGCGCUGCAGGCAUCGGUGCGGGACAAGGAGGAGACGUUGCGGUCGCUCAAGACGGCGCUUGCUCUUUCAGACGCUCGCGCCAAGGAUGCAGGGUCACAGCUAGAGCCUCUCAAGCUAGAGCUGCAGCAGCUACGCCUGCAAAUGGACGAGCAGCAGGCAGCACGGGAAGAAGAGUUUCGGCUCGUGGCAGCAAGAAUGGGGGAGCGCAAUAAGGCUCAAGAGGCAGAGCUGCAGCAGUCAACAGCCGCCAUGGAGGCCCUGAAGGCGCGUCAUGAGAGAGAGAUGGAGCAGAUCAAGAGAGCAAUGGCAGCAGCCAGGGCAGCACACGAAGCAGAGCUUCAGCAGCUCAAAGACAACACGGCAGCAGAAGCAGCAUCGCAAGGGACGGAUCUGCAGCAGCUCAAAGACCAGCUGGAGUCCUCCAAGGCAGCGCACGAGGCAGAGCUCCGUCAACUGCUCGAUGAAAUGGAGGUCAUGAAGGCGAGUCAUGAGAGGGACAUGGAGCAUGCCAAGGCAACCAUGGGGGCGGCAGAGCCGGCAGUGGCAAGCAGGGCAGGGCAGAGCAGUGAGGAGGUGGAAGCACUGCAGAGGAGAGUGGCAGAGCUGGAGGCUACAGUGGAUGGCAAGUCUCGUGAGCUGGCCAUGGCAUCGGAGUCAUCAGAGGGGGAUAUGCAAUCCGUGCUGGCACAGCUGGAAAGCUGCAAGGAGCAGGAGAGGAAGCACAAGGAGCACGCGCAGCAGCUACAGGAAACCCUAAAAACCUACGAGCUGUCCCAGCUGCGCGCGCAAGAGCUACAAUCUGCAAACGACGAGCUGAGGGACCAAUCAGAGCGGCUUUUAGCUGAGAUCCGGAGCUUAGAGAUGGUGGUGGCAGGGGUUGAGUCGUUUGAUCCGAGGCGGCCUAACCACCGGCUCAAAGCGCGCCGCUGCUCCUUCCCCGCGCUGCUUCCGCGCGUCUCAUCCGCCAUGUCCGGCGAUCAGGAUCGCGAGCUCGCGCGCGAGCGCAAUGCGGACCGCCGGCUGCCCGUCGACGCGCUGGCGCGCGUGGAUCCCGCGGAGAUGGUGCGCCUGCUGGGCCAAGCGCUCGUGCAGAGUGAGUGGCGUGGCGGUAGAUACUGCCUGAAGGUUGCGGUCGCUUCUGGAAGCGAGGAGGGCGGGGGACUCGUGGCGCACGGCGAUACGCUGCUGCACCUGGUGCUGGCGUCGCUGGAAGGAGCCAUGGGAGAGAAGGAGGGGGCAGACGCAGCAAGUGCUGCUGAUGAAGCAGCAGCAACAACUGCCGAUCCAGCAGUUUUAGGAGCUGCAGCAGCAGCAGCACCAGCAGCAGUAGCAGCAGCAGGAACGGCAGCAGCAGGUGGGACCAUUGCAGUUGGGGCGGUAACCGAUGAGGUUAUAGCGAAGCGGUUGGCAUGCGGCAUGUUUUGGGGAGCCAUGAGGAGCGCACAGGAGGCGAAGCGAGAAGCCAGAGUGAAGAAACCGGGCAAGGAGCCACAGGGAAAGAAGCGCAGAGCAGUGGCUGUUGCCGCAGAGGAUGAGGCAGGCUCUUCUGCUUCUCCUCCUCCUUCUGCUGCUCCUGCUGCUCCUUCUGCCGCUUCUUCUGAGGCAGCAGCUGCUGCCGCAGCAGGUGCUGCUCUCCUUGACGUGCUGUUGUCUCACUCCCUGAUUCACACCAACGGCACCACCACCACCACCACCACCACCACCAGCACCACCACCACCACCACCAGCACCAGCAGCACCAGCAGCGUCAGCGGCAGCGGCAGCACGGGCGUGGGUGCAUGGGACUUCUCGAGCCUGCGUCCGCGUGUGCUGGUGCGGCUGCUGGCCGUGGCAAACGUGUCUCUGCAAGACCUUGACCUCUAUGUCUCGUCCAUGGGCUUAGCGCUGCCGCCACUAGCACGGGUGCAAGGGGACGGAGGUGUGUGGGAAGGGGCGGGAGCAGGGGCAGAGUCAGGCGAACCUGCUGCUGCUGCUGCUGUCUCUAGUGACGUUUCUUCUGCUGCCACCGCUCCUGUUUCUCCCGAAACCGUCCCGUUCGAAACCCCCUCUCCUUCCUCACCCGCAUUAACCGAGGUGCGAGCCUACCUCCGCCUCCUCGUCUCCCGCAAGGCGUACCCCGCAGCAGUGGGGCUAAUGAAGCAGCUGCACAUGAGCGAAGGGAAAUCCGGGGAGUUUCUUCUUGAUAUGGUGGAGAGGGGGCAGGUGGAGCUGGCCGCUGAUUGGGCCAAGUACCUCGGCGGUGACACGUGUCGCGCGCUGAUUCGCGCGUGCAUGCAGAGGGACCUGUACAAGGCUGCGUAUAAGGUGGUGGUGCGGUGCGAGAUGAAGGAGGAGUUUCCCAACGCGUGGACCGAGUACCGGAAGAGCUCGCUGCGCAAGCUAGCGGACAAGUGCAUGUGGGAGGUGGCGGAGUGUCUUGUGGGGGACGACCCCGACCUGCUCAACUACCUCCUGCAACUGGCGGUGGAGGCAGGAGAGGCGGAGUUUGCAUCCUCCCUCUGUGCCCAGCACAACGUGCCCGUGCCACCUGCCGUGCAAGGCGCAUUGGCAUCAGAGGCCCCAACGCCAGUCCUCUCCCUCCCCUACCUGCUCCAGUGGGGGAGCAACGAGGGGCAGGGGGGGGGAAAGCUUGUAGACGGACUCAGUGACGCGCCUCAAGCAUCGCUUGCUGAAAGGCAGGAGGAUGGGGAGAAGCUGAUAGAGACAAAUUCUGAGGCGCCUCAGAGACUAGUUGGGGAUGAAGAGGAGGAGAGGAGGAGGAGGAGGAGGAGGAGGGAAGCGAUAAUGAUGGUUGAUAGUGCAGAGAGUAUUGAGCGCAUGAGGGAGGUGUUAUGCGGGGAUGGGGUGGAUGCGGUGGGGUUUGAUUGUGAGUGGAAACCCAAGACUCAGAAGGGUGCUAAGGCCAAUAAGGUGGCCAUACUCCAGCUAGCCACGCGCCGGCAGGCCUUCCUCAUCGAUCUCAUCACCAUCACCGCCUCUCCACCCCUCUCGACCGCUCUCAACUCCGUCCUCCUCCACGUCUUCACCUCACCACACAUACUCAAGCUCGCCUACGGUGCAGCCAACGACCUGCGUCUCCUCGCGCGCUCCCACCGCGCAGCCCUCCCAGCCGUCUCCACCUGCCACCCCGUGCUGGACCUCCAGCCUCUCGUCGCCCUCCUCUGGCCGCUCUCCGCCCAGGACACCCCCAAGGGGGGCCUGAAGGGCGUGGUGCGCAGCGUGUUUGGGCGGCGCAUGAGUGCGCGCGUGCAGAUGAGUGACUGGGAGGCAAGGCCGCUGAGUGCAGCGCAGGUGGAGUAUGCAGGGCUGGAUGCGAUGGUGCUGCCGCAUAUCUUCGAUCGCUGUGUGGCGGUGGCGAGGAAGCAUGGUGCUGACAGCGUGGUGGCUGCUUGUCAGGUGCGUCUGGGAAGUGGGAGAGGUGGGGAAAGGAAGGGGGACGGGAAGGGGGAAAGGAAGGGGGAAGGGAAGGGGGAAGGGAAGGGGGACGGGAAGGGGGACGGGAAGGGGGACGGGAAGGGGGAAGGGGAGGGGGAAGGGAAGGGGGAAGGGAAGGGAAGGAUGCUGAUGCUUUUCUCCUUGAGUGACCUCUCCGAUCUGGUGGGGCAGGAGAGGGUAUCAGCAGCAGCAGCAGCAGUAGCUGCUAACGUUGAAGUUGACUCAAAAGCCGCCCUCCGCCCUCCUCCCGUUUUCCCCGUCCUUCCCCUGCAGUCCUCAUUCCGCGUUGACGGCUCUAUCCCAGCAUUUGAGGACGAUGACAAUGACGACAGUGACCUCUCAGAUCUGGUGGGGCAGGAGCGAGUGGCAGCAGCAGCUGCAGCGGCAGGGCUUGUGCCCAUGGCGGGAUCGUCUCUUGAGGAGAUUCUGGAGGGGAAAGAGCGGCAGGCUAAAGGGGGGGUGGGGCAGGAGCAGCAGUCGGUGCAGGGGGGAUCGGGGUUGCAGCAGGGGGAACAGGGGGAGCAGGGGAGGCAGGAGAAAGAGGAGGAGACGAAGGAGUCCUCGUCUGCACAUGCCCUUUCUCUCAAUCUCAUGCCCUCUCACACGCCUCUUUGUCCCCUUUUUUCUCCCUCUCUCCUCCAUUUCCCCUUCUCCUCCCGUUCUCUCUAUCUCUUCUCCCGCUCCCUGCAGGCUCACACCCCUCACACUCCGCUGAACCUCACCCUGACUCCAGAGAACGCCUAUGCCAUUUGGACCACCGACCAGGUGCAAGCAGCGUUUGCGGACAGGAAUAGGACAGUCAAGUCGAAGGUGCAGGAAUGGCAGCAGGCAAGGGCCCUGCCCGUUCCAACCUACUCCACCGUCAACCUCGCCACACGCUGGCUGUACGAUGCACUCCCCUCCAUUCUGCAUGUACCUCAUCUGCAUCACGUGCAGCAGCGGGCCGUUGCAGCAGCGGCGGCGGCAGAAGCAGCACGGGCAGGAGAAGCAGGGGUUGCGGGAGGGGUGGGAGACGCAGGAGGAGCAGGAGGAACUGAAGCAGGAAGGCAGAGAGAAGCAAGUGGAGGCAGGGGGGGCGUUGAGACAGCUGAAAACCCCACGGGGCAGCAUCACCCGUGGUGGGGGAACGGGAACGGGAACGGUCCUAGUGCUCUCUUCCCGUUCUUUGUGUCUCAGGUUCGCAUUCAAGUGCCCAGACAGGCACGGCCACAGGCACCAGUAGGGGCAUUGCCAGAGGCAUUGCCUGGGUCAGCAGCAGGGGCGUUGGCAGGGGCAAGGGUGGCGGAGGGCAAGGGAGAGGCAGGGGAGGAGCACGAGAGGGAGCGGGAGGGGGAGGAGUGGGCGUGGGAGCGGUUCUUGGGGCUGCCAGCAGGAGCAGCAAAGGAGGCGGAGAACCGGGCGGCGUUUGCUGCACUGCAGGCACUGGUGGGGCGAGAGGAGGCGGAGUUCCUGGCGUUUGGUGACGUGCUGCGCCCACACAACAUGGCAGCUGUGCCGCUCCUACUUAUGACAGUCUUUCAAUGUCUCUCCCUGCCUCCUUUCUACCUCCCACCUAUUCUCACCCAUUCCCACCUAUUCAUACCAACUCGCACCCCACUUCCAGCGGAUAUCAUAGUUGCCAUUGUGCCAGCAGCAUCGACAGUCAAUCUCAAUGCCAUUGCUGCGCAUUUCGGCCUCCUUCCCAGAUCCUCUCCUGCAGUCCUUUUUAACGUCCUGUUUGCUCUCCCAAUGAGCGUGUUGCCUCGCUCUCCCUUCCCCUUCGACUGUAAAGGCCCUCACGGGCUUCCCAAGCGAUGUGCUGCCUCCCCUGGGAUACACCCAGUCUCAGUCUCAAUUGUUGCAGCAGCAGCGGCAGCAGCAGCAGCAGCAGGAGCAGCAGGAGCAGCAGCAGGAGCAGCAGGAGCAGCAGCAGGAGCAGCAGGAGCAGCAGCAGGAGCAGCAGGAGCAGCAGGAGCAGCAGCAGGAGCAGCAGCAGGAGCAGCAGGAGCAGCAGGAGCAGCAGCAGGAGCAGCAGGAGCAGCAGGAGCAGCAGCAGGAGCAGCAGGAGCAGCAGGAGCAGCAGCAGGGGCAGCAGGAGCAGCAGCAGCAGCCCCAGCAGGAGGCAGUGCUGAUGAUGUCUGCAGGGGACCAAGAUCAAUGGAUGUUCAUCCGACCCCACCCCCUCCUCCAAGUCACUCAAGCCAUUCCUGUGCUCAAUCUCGCCCUCCCGUGUUCCAACGCUCUUGCCUCCUCUCCCGCUCUUGCCUCCUCUCCCGCUCCUGCCUCCUCUCCCGCUCCUUCCUCCUCUCCCGCUCCUUCCUCCUCUCCCGCUCCUGCCUCCUCUCCUUCGUCUCCCCUCUCUCCAUCACCAUCUCUUCCAACUGCUCCUUUCUCUUCUCCCUCUCCUUCCUCUCCUACCUCUCCUACCUUUCCUACCUCUCCUUCCUCUCCUUCCACUCUCUCCUCUCCUGCCUCAAAUGCAUCCUCGUUUUCCAAUCCUCCUCCUACUUUCCUCCCUCUUUCACCCUCCUCAUCUUCCUCCUCUUCCUUUUCCUCUUCCCUUUCUUCAUCUCCAUUUCUUCCCUCCUCUUCCACUCCUCCCUCCUUUUCCCCCUUCUCUCCGUCCUCUUCCUCCUUGUCCACACCCAUCUUGUCAUCUCCAUCCACUUCCUCCCAUACUCCAACCCCAACCCUUCCAUUCGUCCUCCAUCCCUCCUCUCAACCCUCCCAUUCCUCCUCCCAACCUUCCCGUUCCUCCUCCUUUCUUCCAUCCUCCCUCGAACCAUCGUCCACUUUUUCCCUUCAAGAUUCCCCCAGCAGCAACCCCAGCACACCUCGAACCUUUCACAGUACAACUUCCUUUGCUCCUCAUGCUCUUCUGGCUGCUUUCACUCUAGCCUUAGCGCCCCUUAG